AUGCCUGCAAUGAGGGUUCAAAGAUCUAGCGGAAGCACAGCAGAGACAUUCAGCCUCAUCGAUGCUAGCAUCUCGGAUCUUCAACACGCCCUGAGUUCGGGAUGGACUACAAGUGUUGACUUAGUAGCCCGAUACCUCCGGCGGAUCAGUGUAUACGACGCUUCCGGCCUUACUCUCAGUGCUAUCCCUAUCCUGAAUCCAUCUGUCUUCGAAGAAGCAGCCGCUUCCGACGCUCGACGAGCCGCGGGAUUACCAAUCAGAGCUCUGGAAGGCAUUCCCUAUCUGGUCAAAGACAAUAUCAAGGUCAAAGGGAUGACAGUCGCCAGCGGAUCUCCAGCUUUUGAGAAUCUCGUUGCUACUGAAGAUGCAGCAUGCGUUCAAGUUCUCAAAGAGGCAGGCGCGGUCCUGCUAGGCCGGACGAACAUGCCUGCUAUGGCAUAUGGGGGGAUGCAGCGUGGCUCCUAUGGCCGCGCGGAAAGUCCAUACAACCUGGAGUAUCUGACGGCGGCCUAUGCAUCAGGAUCCUCCAACGGGUCAGCCACCGCUACCACUGCCAAUUUCUGCGCCUUCAGUUUGGGGACGGAGACUGUGUCAUCUGGCAGAUCUCCCGCCUCGAAUAACGCCAUCAUCGCGUACACCCCGUCAAGGGGAUUAAUACCUCUUCGGGGAGUGUGGCCUCUGUAUCCAACUUGCGAUGUUCUCGUGCCUCAUACCCGAACCCUUUCCGAUCUCUUUCGUGUCCUCGAUGUGCUGGCAGUCGCUGACGGGACUCCUCAUUGUGACCUCUGGAACGAGCAGAAGGUAAUAGCCCUUCCCUCAAUUGCGAACAUUCGCCCGCAGCACUUCGCGGUGCUAGAAGACGCAUCGUCCCUCAGAGGAAAACGAAUCGGGGUGCCUUCCAUGUAUAUCGGCGGCGCGUGUCCUCUUCCCGACAAAGUAUGCACCAGACCCUCCAUCCUCAAACUGUGGGAGGCGGCAAAGAGUGCUUUAGAAGCCUGUGGUGCAACGGUAGUGGAAGUCAACUUCCCACUAGUCACAAAAUACGAAGCGAAAGCGCAUACCGGACAAUUGGUUAACGUCGAUGGUCUUCCGGAGGGCUGGCCUGCGGUAGAGAGGUGUCAGCUCGUCGCUCAUGUUUGGGACGAUUUCUUAUCCAGGAACGGACAACCCGGGCUGAACUCUCUUUCCUGCGUCGAUCCCGACUCGAUAUUCCCUCUCGCACCGGGCUCCCUUCCCGGGACUCCUGAUGCAGCGAACAGGAUCAAUUGGCAUAAGAUGGUCGAGUACCCUAAGACAAAACACGAGUCCAUCUCUCAAAUUCCAGGUCUAACACAAGCUCUGAAUGCUCUUGAGAAUGCUCGAAAAGAAACAUUGGAGAAAUGGAUGGAUGAUCAUAAUCUAGACGCAGUUGUGUUUCCCGCGAAUGGCGACGUGGGACGCGCCAACGCAGAUACAGACCCCGAUUCUUCUCUCUUCGCCUGGAGGAAUGGUGUCAAAUACUCCAACGGCAAUCGGCCCAUGCGUCAUCUGGGAGUGCCGACGGUGUCAGUGCCUAUGGGGUUGAUGGACGACACGGGGAUGCCGGUAAACCUGACCUUUGCAGGCAAGGCAUACGAUGAUAACAAUCUCCUUCGAUACGCGUUUGCUUUUGAGCAGGCGACCAAGAAUCGUGUACUGCCGCCUCUUGUACCUGAGCUUGACUCUGAUGUCAUCAGGAAGAGAGUCUCAAGCAAUCAUCUGGGCGAGCGUGGCCAAGCAGUUGCCUUACCCCAGAUCGCAGUUGUGACGCAGUCAAAGGAAUUUUCAGAUUCAAUGGUACGGCUUGAGAUUCGAGGCACUCUGUACAUAUCUGAUGGGGAAAAUUUGGAGCGCCUCUCGUGCUUUGUCAAUGGGACCCCAGUUGAUAUCAAAGUGGAAGGAGAGACAUGGAGUUUCACCGCGAUAUAUCCAGCCUCACCCCGUGACAACACGUGGUCUCGAUGGACAAGCCCAGCUUCCACACAGACAAUCGUCGUCGUUGUUGCUUAUAUGGAUACUAGUCUUGCGAACGGCAAGUUGCUUCUCCUGUAG